AUGGGACACAUCCCUCAACCCGUCGGUGCAGAGAAGAAGGGCAGCUGCGCAGACUACGGCUUCUGCAGCGAAGAGGAGCAGAACAACGCUUACAGGGCCAUGCUGCAGCGUCUGAAGACCGAGGGUGUUUUGCAAGCACUCCGACCUGACUCACAAGGUGUGCUGCGCGUCAACGUGCCGUUCGCUGGCAAAUUUGCAGAGCGCGACCUACUGAUGGCUUUCUUGCGCCAGGAGGUGUUGAACCGUCGCAGCGAUGUACGUUUCAUCCACAUUCUUGCCACGGAUGUGCAGAAUUUCUUCAGUGAGAAGAUCGACCCACUCGUGCGGGACCCCCAUAUUUUUAUUUCCUACCUGGUCCAGGACGGAACUGUACCUCUUCCGCCUGCGCAGCUGCUGCUUGGGAUGCACCCGGACUGCAGCAGCCGGUUCUUGACCGAUUUCGGAGAGCCCUACCGCCGAUACUACUACUUGUGGCAGCGGAUCCUGUACCAGACAGCUAUGAGCUGCACCCAGGUGGCAGUCUUUUGCAACCUCUGGCUCGAGGAGGCCAUCGAGGUGCAGAAUGUCACGCGACACGCAGGCAUGAUGUCCUCGCCGGCUUUGAAGAAUGCGCUAUACUACGGCCAGACCAUCACUUCGCCAUUGACUGCAAACAAGCGCGACAGGAAGCCAUUCCACUACCUCGUCAUCGCAGAUCGGGCACCAUUCCAGGUGGUGCCCAAGAUCGAGCCCAAUGAUCAAGACUAUACGGGUCCCUACCACAACUUCUGGACACUUCAAUACGAGCGGACGCUCGAGGCCAUGAAGCUGGGAAACGACUUGGCUGGGAGAGACACGUGCUCCGGCUCGGAGUCGGACAGUGACAUCUCCAGCCCUCGGGCAGACAGUGAUGGUCACGGUGAGAGAGUGCAGACAGUGGAGUUGUAG